UAGUCUCUUCCUGCUCCUCCUCUCUGUAAUUCCUCUUAAUUUCAUCUCUCGGACAUUAGGGUUUUAGACCAGUUUUAAUGUCUGAACACACUUUCUAUCUCUGUGUCUGCUCCUCCUUAUGGAUUCUCUGUUGUUCAGACAAUGUUAAUACUCGUAAAGGAGCUGUCUUUGAGGUGGUGGGAACAAUGGGUAGUUCGUUUAACGCUCAGGUACUAGCUGAGAAGCUCGCCAAGCUCAACAGUUCUCAAGCAAGCAUAGAGACUUUAUCGCAUUGGUGUAUCUUUCACAUGAACAAGGCGAAACAUGUUGUGGAGACAUGGGGGAGGCAGUUUCACUGCUCCCCGCGCGAGCAACGGUUGGCGUACCUGUACCUUGCGAAUGAUAUCUUGCAGAACAGUAGGCGAAGAGGUUCGGAGUUUGUUGGCGAGUUCUGGAGUGUGCUCCCGGAUGCUCUUCGUGAUGUGAUUGAAAAUGGUGAUGACUCUGAAAGAAAGUCUGCACUUCGGUUGGUUAAUAUAUGGGAAGAAAGGAAGGUUUUUGGAUCUAGUGGACAGAUUCUCAAAGAAGAGAUUCUUAGAAAGGUGUCUGAUGGAGGGGUCGUGCCACUUAACCUUCAACAUGAUAAGUCUGUUCAACAGAAGCAGGCAAAUGCAAUUCCGCUGGAGAGAGUAGUCUCUGCUGUUGAAGCUCUACACGGUGGUCAGAUUAAUUUGGAUGAUGUUGUUGGAAAAUGUACUAAUGUUGUGGGUUACCUUGAGAAAGCAGCUCAGGAGGUUGAGAGAGAUGUUAGUUCAGGACACACCCCAGGCGCCGCGGUUGUAAAGGAGGUGCAGGGACAACAUACAAUACUGAGAGACUGCAUUGAACAGCUAGUGGCAAUGGAAACAUCCAGAACAAGUCUUAUCUCUCAUUUGAGAGAGGCUUUACAAGAACAGGAACACAAGCUGGAGCAAGUCCGUAACCACCUUCAGAUCGCUCGGUUUCAAUCAGACAGAACAGGUGAUCUCUGCAAACAGCUUAGUAGUAGCUCACAGCCUCCUGACGAAGUCAUCAAAGUUUCAUUCACUGCAUCUGCACCGGUUAUGUUUGCUUCAAACCCACCGACUCAGCCAGUGGUAGUAGCAGACCCGAGAAAAACCGAAGCCGCAGCAAUGGUAGCUAAGCUAACCGCGUCAACCUCCUCAGCCGAGAUGCUCUCCUACGUUCUCUCCUCCUUUGCCUCUGAAAACAACCCACCCGCUGCAACAGAAACUCACCCGCCAGAGAAAAGGCCCAAGCUUCAACAGAACACAUCCACAGCCACCACCACCAGUCCACCACCUCCGCCGCCACCAGCAUUCCAGCUUCAGCCUCAGUUCUUGCAGCCUUUACAGCCUCCUGGUCCUGUAAACCACACGCCAUUCAGCCACACCAUAGCAACAACCACUCAACAACAACAGCAAGGUCCUUGGAUUCCUGGACUCACCUCGCUUUCAACAACCUCUGCUCCAUCAGAUAAUAAUUCAUACCAAAAGUUUCAGGGGCAAGAUGGUUUCUAUGGAACUAGUAACUCACCGUCCUCUAUGGCACCUGUUACUCGGCAGUAGUAGUGUUAAGAGAGCAAAAAGCUCACUUCUUUGGUGUUGUUAAAAGUACAGUACUAAUGGGUGUUUGAAUAGGAUUUGGAAUGUGCAAGUCUAACCAUAUGCUUCUUCUGUGAUUUUAUCUGUAAACUUUUAAGCAAAAAAAGAAAAACAUUUCUUUUAUUGUGAAGAUUCAAUAGACUUUCUGUCCGAAACUUAGGAAGAUUCGUUUUGGCUCUUCUUUUCAAGACUGGUCAAAACGCCGACAAGGUUUUAACUUUGACUAAUAAAAUAAUAAAAAGAAGCAUACUUUUCCACAUUUUCUUGUCUUUAUCUUUCUUCCACUCGUCAGGGAUUCCCUGUAACGCGGCAUCAUGACGAAAUAACAGAGAAGUAGAGAGCAAUACGUCCAAAACUUCCAAGACUAGGCGGUCUUAUAAACCCUUUUUAAAGGGCUUUUUCUCGAUCUCUCAGUCUCAAGACGUAAACCCUAGUGAACCAAACCCCAAAAGUAUUUGCCUAUACCAUAGCUGCUUAUUGAAGUUAUCUCUCUCUCUAUCAUCUAAGGAGACGUUGUGUAUAGUUUGAGGUCUCAUUUUGGGUGGAUUAGUUCUGCUGAGAUCAUCUGAGAGUUUUUGUUCUUUUGGG